CCUGUUCGUGUCAGUUGUUUUUUGUCUGCUGUCGCGUGUCGAUGAUUUCCGCGUUUCAUGUUCCGUUUGCAAUAUUUUCCUUGGCCGCAGCUCGCUUAAACUCCCUCGCGUGUGCGUGUCCAGUUCGUGUGUUCCGUAACUGAUUUGGAGAGCCAUAAGCCCGCAAAAAUGCCGGUCUUUCACACGAAAACCAUAGAAAGCAUCCUCGAGCCAGUGGCUCAGCAGUUACAGAAAGGAUCUAAUUGAAAAGCUUCCUGGGUGAUAAUGAAAUGCUGCAUUCCGAUAAAAAUAGGAGGAAGUAGGUUUCAAGACUUGUUAUUUUACACGAAGAGGCUGAAGAUGGGAACGCUAUGCCAGAUCUGGGCAGGCCAGUUCAGGCUGUCAGCAUGGCUGUGGCGAAUCUCGUGAAAGUGGGAAAGGAAACUAUUAAUUCCUCCGAUGAUGCCUUAUUGAAGCAAGACAUGCCCUCUGCAUUACAGAGAGUCGAAGGUGCAUCGAGGCUCUUGGAGGAGGCCUCAGAUAUGUUGAAACAAGACCCAUAUUCUGGACCGGCAAGAAAGAAACUUAUAGAAGGCUCGCGGGGUAUUCUUCAAGGCACUAGCUCGCUUUUGUUAUGCUUCGACGAGAGCGAAGUACGAAAAAUCAUCCGCGAGUGUAAACGCGUUCUGGAUUAUUUAGCGGUGGCAGAAGUCAUUGAGACGAUGGAGGACUUGGUGCACUUUUUGAAAAAUCUCAGUCCUUGUCUCAGCAAAGUAUCACGGGAAGUGAGUGCUCGCGAAAAGGAGCUCACCCAUCAGGUCCAUCGAGAGAUUUUGAUACGCUGCCUCGAUCAGGUGAAGACAUUGGCACCGAUCCUUAUUUGCUCCAUGAAGAUCUUCAUUCACAUUAUUUCUCAAGGAGGCAAAGGUGCGGACGAGGCUGCUGAAAAUCGAAACUACCUGUCAGGUCGCAUGUCCGAUGAAUUGAACGAAAUAAUUCGUGUUCUUCAGUUGACUACAUACGACGAGGAGGAAUGGGAGGCUGAUCAGUUGACGGUGCUGAAGAAGGCACAGAGUGCAAUAGAGUCACGAGUAAGAACGGCGCACGAUUGGCUGGACGAUGGGAACGCAUUGCGAGGUGGCGUAGGGGAGAAAAGUCUGAGACAAAUAGUUGAACAAGCCGUGAAACUAGCGGAUCGGUAUCUUCCACCUUCUCAGGCAGAAUCUUUGUCGAAGACGGCCUCCCAAAUAACAACUAUGACCGAUGCCCUCUGCGAGCUGCGUCAGGAUGGCAAAGGUAACACACCACAAGCGGAGGCUCUCUCUCGUGGAAUAAAAAAAAAAUUGGACAGCCUUCGGUUCAUGGUUGCCUCUGCUCUCGUGGAAGCUGACAAGUCCGGAGUGGCACAGACAGCACACACCGUAGCUGGCAGACUGGAGCAGGCUAACAAAUGGCUUUUAAAUCCCCAGCACGAUGACAAAGGCCUUGGUAAGAGAGCGAUCGCGUUGGUCAUCCUCGAAGGAAAGAAGGUUGCCGAGGGAUUGCCUGGAAUACACAAGGCGGAGAUCCUGCAGUUGUGCGACGAGGUCUACAAUCUCUCUCACCAGUUGAGCGACCUUUGCAGCCACCACCUUGGGAGCACCCCCCAAGCUCAGGAGGUCGCACGGCAGCUAUCGCAGAAACUGUACGAGCUGAAGAACCGAAUUCAGCAGGCGGUCGUAUCCAGGGUUGUCGAGGAUUUCAUCGACAUUUCGACGCCGUUGAAGCAGUUCACCGACGCAGUCUUAGCUCCGGAAGGCACACCUGGACGGGAGCAAAAAUUCAAUUACAAAACGAACGCGUUGCAGAGCUUCUCGAGCAGGGCUGCGAAAACUGCCAGGAUGGUGGCAGCUGGUGGAAGCGGAGGAAAUAAAAAACUGGCGGAAGCCUUGGUGGCCAGCGCUUCUCAGGUUGAGUCUCUGACUCCGCAGCUUGUAAACGCUGGUCGCAUUCGCAUGACCUAUCCCGAGAGCAAGGCAGCUGACGAGCACUUCGAGAAUCUUCGGCAACAAUACGCGGAAACUAUGCAGAGGGCCAGGGCCCUCUGCGACGAGGCGACCGACAGCUCCGACUUUGUCAGAUUAUCCGAGGAACAGAUACAGAAGCACUCGUUCCUCUGCGAGGACGCGAUCGCCAAGGGCGAGCCUCAGAAAAUGGUCGACAAUACCGCAGCCAUAGCUAGAUUGGCUAACAGGGUAAUUCUCGUGGCUAAACAGGAGAGCGACAACAGCGAGGAUCCGGCAUUCAUUCAGCGCGUCAACCACUCGGCUGAUGUUCUGCAAAGUAGCGUCGCACCAAUGGUACAAAACGCAAAGGCUGUAGCUAUUAAUACUAACGACGCUCCGGCCGUUUCGCGCUGGAGAGAAAGUAACCGUGCCUUAUUAGCUAACGUCGGACUGGUGAGGAAAGCCAUUUCCGUGCACCCGGAGAUACCUGCUCCUCCGGACAUGUCGCAGUUGCAUCUCAAAGAUGACGGCUUAUUAUUGAGUCAACCGUACACUUACUUCACGGACAAAGUCGGUGAGCCAUUGAGGAAUCAGCCCUCACCCAGCAAUUUGCGUGUCACUAGUCCUGUUUUGGGAGUUAAUAGAUCCCAACAUCGAUCGGUCAGUCCUUUACCGAAGUGGGCUCGUGGAGAAGUUGCACCACCAAGGCCGCCUUUGCCUGGAGGCGAUGUUCCUCCCCCGAGACCACCUCCACCCGAAACAGAUGACGAAGAUGAAAUGUUCAUGCACGCUCCUCAGCCGAAUCAACCGAUCAUGAUGGCAGCUCAUGGUCUACAUCAAGAGGUGCGGCAGUGGUCCAGCAAGGACAACGAGAUCAUCGCUGCUGCCAAGAAGAUGGCGAUCCUGAUGGGCAGACUCUCCGGGUUGGUCAGGGGCGAAGGAGGCAAUAAGAGGGACUUGAUUGCAUGUGCAAAAGCCAUCGCGGAAGCUUCUCAAGAAGUUACUCGCCUUGCCAAGGAGCUCGCCAGAGAGUGUACCGACAAACGUAUACGCACGAAUCUGCUUCAAGUCUGCGAACGUAUACCGACGAUUGGGACACAGUUGAAGAUUCUGUCUACGGUGAAGGCUACUAUGCUCGGAGCACAGGAUUUGUUGAUUGGGUGCAGUACCGAAGAGGAUCAAGAAGCUACUGACAUGCUGGUCGGAAACGCGCAGAACCUUAUGCAGAGUGUCAAAGAAACUGUGCGAGCAGCUGAGUGUGCCAGCAUUAAAAUUCGUACUGCGUCUGGUAUGAAGCUGAGAUGGGUUCGACGUCAACCCUGGUACCAGUAUUAAGCAGAUAUUACACAAGAAUGGAUACCGGUAGUCGUAAGAUAAACGAAAACCGAAUUAUUCGAGUAACAGGCAGCCAUUUGGUAAUUCCUAUCGAAUUACCUCAUCGAUGAAGAGUCGUCGAACUUCCAGAUCGAACAUUGUCCGUAGAAGCCCAUCGAAUGUAAGCAAAACCAUUUGCGAAGGUCCGAGUGUUCUUCACAAAGUAUAUGGAUUUUUCCAUUCUUCUCUAAUAUUGAAACUUAUUAUCUCGAUAGUUUACGCUACACUCCAUAAUACUCUUCGAGCUUCCCCAUGUGCCUCUCCUUUUUUAAUAUUUUGUAUCUUCCUCGUUUUUAGUCAAGUGUAUCGAAUUGGUUUGCAUUCACUUGUUAAGUUAUUUCGAAUGGUUUCGCUUAUUUUCUAUGUUUCUACUGGAGGUAUACCGCAGGGUAGCUUAGCUCGUUUAAAGGUUAUGUAUACCUUUAAAUGACAGUAGCAGUAACAAGGUAUUGAAUUAUUUUCGUAAAUCAAGAAUUAAAAGAGCUAAACGAUAUUAAUAGGAUAUGCUGUAAAAUUGAUCGCUCGUAAAAAUCUGAUGAUGUCUAAUGCCUGUAGGAAACCAAUAGGUGAGGAGAAAAUGAUAAUAGUGCCAAUAUGCGUUAACAUUGUGAUCAGGAUCUCGCAUUGAAAUUGUGUAAGUGGAUUGAUUGAUGAUGAAGGCACUCAGGGGAAAGAUUGGGAAUAAUUUUAACACAUAGUUAAGAAUUAAUGGGUCUCAAAAAUUAUUUGAGUCCGAACAAAUUUGGUACUGGAUUGUGCAAUGUUCACAGAAUAUUCAGGUCAAACUUCCUUUAAUUGCAGCUAUUUUAUGUUAAAUAUAUCCAUUUUAUUUACAAAUGGUGAAACUACUAAGUUUUCCAACGAAAACAUUUUUUUUUUCAAUGGAAAACUAGAUUGCCUUGUGUUUGAUAAAAUUACAGGCCUAAUGAUGUAAUUUACAGUGCUGCUAAUAACUCUAGAACCUCAUAUGAAUACAUUCAUUAAUUGUGGAUGUACGUAUGAUCUAUUUUUGUAAAACCUCUUUGUGCAAUAAGAGCGAUCUUUAGGAGUCAAUCACUUCUCGUGUCAUUUCAUACAUGCGAUUCUUCCUCGAGAUGGUGCUAUAGUAACGUGCAAUAUAAGUGUGAGCAAUAUACUAGAUAACAAUUUUCUUAAAAAGAUUGAAUAGUCGUAACUUCUGCAUAAACCUAGGAAGAGACGUGGCAUAUAUUUUAUUAACACAACUAGCGUUAACUAGACUACGUCCAAGCUAUUAUGAUAGCUUGAAACUGGAAUGUUUAUAGACUUGGUUCUAUAUUUAUUACACUAUUGUACCAUGCCUUCUUUAUAUCGUAAUAAAAUAAUUUUUAUUAACAAAA